AACCACUUGCGACCGUAAAACAUUCCAAUUCCAAAUGCUUCGCUGAAGUUGAAUCUUAUCGCAGGCAGACGCGUUCCACAUUCCGUACGAAUCACAACCGCUGUUAGCCGCAAAAUUGGGAGAAUCCGCAAAAUGUCGGUGGCACAGCUGACGCUCCUUCUUCUGGUGGCCUCCGCCUCCGCGGGCGUUCCCCUGCCGCGCUACGAGGCGCUCCUCAAGCAGCAGUCCGCCCCCGUGGAUCCCACACUGGGCCUGUACGACGACGCCGACAAGGUGAUUCGCCUGACGGUGGACAACUUCAAUGCCACCGUGGUGGAUCAGAAUCGCGGCGCCCUCGUCGAGUUCUACAACACCUACUGCGGCCACUGCCGCCGUUUCGCUCCGACCUACAAGACGCUGGCGGAGCACCUGCUGCCCUGGUCCGAGGUCCUCGUCGUGGCGGCCAUCGACUGCGCCGCCGAGGAGAACAACGGCGUCUGCCGCAACUACGAGGUGAUGGGCUAUCCCACGCUGCGCUAUUUGGGUCCCGGUUUCCAGCCCAGUGCUGGGCACUACGGCCAGAACCUGAUGACGCAGGACGUGACCGAGAUUAGGGAGCUGCUGGCGGGCAUGGUGGCCGCCGAGAACCUGACCAGCAGCCACAACAACUCCUACUGGCCGAACUUUCACUAUCUAACAGAAAACGAUUCAGUAAGCAGCCUGUUCGAGGGCCUCAGCAGCGCCACUCAGUACGUGGCAGUGGUCCAUGAGCCCGAGAACACCACCCUGGGCAUCGAGGUGGCUCUGUUCAUGACCCAAUGGCCGGCGGUGGAGGUGCGACGCGUCAUCGAUCCUGCGGUCUCGGCCAAGUUCAAGAUUGAUCCCGCCAAUCUGCCCCUGAGCCUGGUGGAUCGCCAGGGCGAGAUUACGGCCUAUGCGCCGGAAUACGCGAAUGGUGAGUCGUAUGCCAAGAAGCUGGAGGAAGUGCUGCGCGAGAAGAACGUCACCCCGCGACCGGUGAAGCAACAUCAUCAACCGGUGGCCACGGCGGCGCCGAAGAUCACGGGACAGAACGAACUGAUCGAGGAAGUGCAUCGAAACAAGCACUUUGUCUACCAGGCGGAUCUCGAGCAGGCCAUUCGCACGGUGCUGCACAACGAGGUGUCCAAGGUGAGCGAGAUUAGCGGCGAUAAGCUGCUCGCCCUCCAGCGAUUCCUCACCGUGCUGCAGCGCUACAACCCGCUGGGCGCCAAUGGUCAUCAGCUGGUGACCAAGCUAAAGGACUUUGUGGUGCAGUUCAAUGACCAACUGACGGGCAGCCAGUUCGAGGAGGAGCUGAAGCGCCUGGAGAGCCAACUGUCGCCCGUCUACUCGUCCACCCACUUUGUGGGAUGCGCUGGCUCCAGUCCACGGCUGCGGGGCUACAGCUGCUCCCUGUGGACACUGUUCCACUUCAUGACCGUCCAGGCGGUCGCCAACGAGGAUUCCCAGGAUCCGCUGGAGGUCCUGCAGGCCAUGCACGGCUACAUCAGGAACUUCUUCGGCUGCACAGAGUGCUCCGAGCACUUUCAGGCAAUGGCAUCGAGGCGAAAAAUCUGGAGUGUGCCGAACAAGGAGGAGGCGGUUCUCUGGCUGUGGGCGGCCCACAACGAGGUGAACCAGCGGCUGGCCGGCGACGCCACCGAGGAUCCCGAGUUCCCCAAGAAGCAAUUCCCUGCGCCGGACAGCUGCAGCGAAUGCUACCGGACGCCCGAGACCAAGUCGGAGAACCUGGAGAUCGAGUGGAACAAGGACGCGGUGCUGGGCUUCCUGAAGAACAUACACAAUCCGCAGUUCGUCAGCCGCUACGGAGUGCAGCGGGAGGAGCUGCUGCAUCCCACGGCGGACAAGAUGCGGCAGAAGCGACAGAUCUCCAGCGUCUUCACCGACAUGGACAUGCGGAUGGGCAUGCUGCUGUACGCCUUCUGCAUCGUGAUGAUGGUUCUGGCAUUCAAACUGUUCGCCUUCAAGGGCUACCGCAAGAAGCCCUAUGGCCACGACCUUCUGGGCAAGGUGUAGGAUAAUCCGAGGAAAGGCUUCCAUUAAUUCUAAAC